AUGUCUGCCUCUACCUCCUCGACCUUCGUCAUCCCUGCCAUCUUCGGCUCCCUGAGCCAAUCUCGUCCCGAGUACGACCUCGAAGCGCAAGUCAUUGUCGGCACACAUGAGCAGCAGUCAUUGCCCACACCUCCAUCGGCUCUCACCAACGCACCGCGCUCCCAAUACUCUCCAGUUGACGAGGGAACGAACCCCAUCGACGACUUCUUCGGUGUCGUGCGCCCUUCACGCACUCCCCGCGGCACACAAGACAGCCGCCACGACGCGAUGUCGCUGCCUGUGCACCACGAUGACGCACCGCCGCCGUACUCGUCGACGGGAGAGCCACCGGCCUACUCGCGCUUUGCGGAGCACCCUACGCUUGCGAUGUAUCUCUUCAGAUUUGGUUUCCUGUUCCCUCUCUUCUGGCUCGCCGGGGCUCUCAUUCUCAUCUCGCCACUGCGCGCCCCGGAAGAUUGGGAAGUGUCAAAGACGGAGGCAGAGCGGGAGGAGCUGAUCGAGAGCAUGAGGCGCACGGAGAUGAAGUGGGCGAAGCGUUGCCUCGUCGCGUUCUCCCUGUUUUCGCUGGUGAUCCUGGUGGCCGUCCUCGCUGCAGUGUUCAUCAUGAAGCCAUGA